CUGCUCCCUAAUGAGAAUAGCGCAACUGCAAUCUAUUAAAGCCCCCCAAACUGCCUUCUAAAGCGACACAAUUCCAUCGAGCCACCACAUAACAACAGAUCUCAUCCCAAAUCAUGCACUAUCAACAUUACUCCUUCUAGAGCUGUUGACGUUUUCCCAAUGACUGCGUACGACGAAAUCGCCGAGGCCGAGGCCAACGAGGAGUGCAGAGCUUGGUUGCUCAAGGUUCUUGGCGCGAAGGAAGAAAUUGUAGCCUUCGUAUCGAGCCGCCGUCCAGGAUGUCCUAAAGGGGAAUUUGAUGGGUAUCUCACGGGCUCCUUCAACUUCUGUAUCUCCGUUUGCUUCGACGAUGGAGGACCAAAGGCUAUCAUCCGGUUCCCAAAACCAGGUCACACACUCACCGCUCGACGAGAGGAGAAGGUAAAGAGCGAGGUCCAAGUCUUAGCGUAUUUGAGAGAAAGGACGAAGCUCCCCGUACCUCGCGUAACUAGCUGGGGUUUGACGGACGAAAGUCCCAGAAAUUUCGGCCCCUUCAUUAUCAUGGAUCGUAUCGACGGUACUUCGCUCGCUACCCUCUUGAAACAGCCCGUCCAGUCUGAGGAGGACGAUGUCAUUCUGAGGGAUGAUAUAGACGAUGCCAAACUGGACUACGUCUACGAACAGCUGGCGGAAAUUACGAUCGAACUUUCCCGGCUAGACUUCGACGCCAUUGGAGCCAUAGCGAAGAACUCGGACACGAAUAAGUGGCUAGCAACUGGGAGACCGUUUACUUAUAAUAUGAACGAAAUGGCGGUAACCGUCUCAAAUUACCCUGUGGACGCUUUUCCCGCUGCGCCAUUCCGGACCACCAGAGAGUACCUCGAAUACCAAUCCGAUGAAAAUCUUACUCACCUUCGCGUACAACGUAAUCUGGCAAGUGGUCCAGAAAAUGCCAAGAGAAGGUACAUUGCACGCCACCGGUUCCGACAGCUCAUUCCGAAAUAUUGCAUAGACAACAACGGUCCUUUCAAACUCUUCUGCGACGACUUACAGCCUUUAAAUAUGCUCGCCAACCCAGAAACGCUUAAAAUCCAUGGAAUACUAGAUUGGGAAUUCACGCAUGCGAUGCCAGCACAAUUCUCCUAUGACCCACCGUGGUGGCUUAUAUUGAAAGGACCAGACAUGUGGCUGGAGAAUUAUAGCAUAGAAGAGUUUCUGGCUCGCUACGAACCCAGAUUGGAGCAGUUCCUUCGCGCCUUGGAGCGAGUGGAGGCGAGAUCGCCUCCGACAGAACCCAAGCUGUCGACUCAGAUGCGAGAAUCCUGGGAGAGUGGUCGGUUUUGGUUUGAUUACGGGAUUAGGAAGAGCAUGGAUGUCGACGAUAUUUACUGGGGUGCGCUUUAUCGAGAAGGAGAUGAUGUGCUCAAUGAGGAACAGCAGAGGGAGAUGGAAGAGUUCGUUGAAAAGAAGAUGAAGGACGUGAAGGCAUAUGACGAGGAGUGCAAGAAGAGAGGCUUAUAAGGAAGAGAAAAAGAAACGGCGUAACAUGUGAUGGAUCUGGAAAUCGGAUGCCAAGC